GCCCACAAGGCGUCCCCCAAAAGCAUUGGCAACGACCAUCAGUCUUUGUCGCGUCGAACGCGACUCUCUUGUUCAAGCACUCGCUGCAUCAUUCAAAACACCUGUUGUUCCACCUCUCAUCCCUUCCAAUCGUCCGCUUUCCGCUGCGAUCUUGCUUCCCCCAGUCCCGGUGGCGUCGCCCGCGCUGCGCCGCCAGCAAUUCCCCCCCAUCCACUCCACGAGACGCCUUACAACUCCUCCCCAGGGCCUUGUGCUCGCUGUCGCAUGCACAUUAACAUCUGCCAGGUUACCAACAACUCCCAGGGCAACUCCGGACGCGUCUUUGGUGACUGACACUGGAGUUUGGAGCCGAAUCUCGACCCCACAGUCUGCCGGCCGGCCAGAUCUGACCUGUCCGGGCAAGUCGGGCCUCAGCAGAGGUCCUAUCACUGGGCAGCCUAUUCAUCGUUCAUAUAGGCCACCAGCUCACUGCCGUUUUCGACAUGACUUCCAGCCAUUCAAACCCGUCCUCCGUGCAGCAACCCUUUGCAAACCCCCAGCCAGCUCCCGUACCUAGCACAUCCCAAGCCGUAUCCCAGGCGACAUCUCCUCCGACGAAACAGAGCUUGAAAUCAUGGUGGAAAGGCUUUAGACCUCCGGCAAAGAGCAAUGAAACACAUGCCGACCAUCCUACGGGCAUCUUCGGGGUCCCCCUACGUGAGAGUAUAGGUUACGCAAACGUCGCCAUCUCACUCGUCGAUGCAGAAGGGAAAAGCUAUAUCUAUGGAUACGUACCGAUUGUUGUUGCAAAGUGCGGCGUGUAUCUGAAAGAGAAGGCUACCAACGUCGAGGGGAUUUUCCGCUUGAGCGGUUCUGAGAAACGGAUCAAGGAACUCAAGACCAUAUUCGAUUCGCCUGAACGUUACGGGAAGGGGCUAGACUGGGCUGGCUACACUGUUCAUGACGCAGCGAACGUCUUACGAAGGUACCUGAAUCUGCUUCCGGAACCUAUUGUCCCGCUAGAUUUAUAUGAACGGUUUCGGGAUCCCUUACGAGGUCACAUAAAACAGCCCGUCAACGAUAAUGAAGGGCCUCAAUUAGACGAUGACUUCGACGUCGACAAAGCAAUUGCCACAUAUCAGCAGUUGAUCACUGAACUACCUCCUCUCAAUCGCCAGUUGCUCUUAUACAUUCUAGAUUUACUAGCUGUCUUUGCAUCAAAAUCGGACGAAAACCGGAUGAACUCGCAAAAUUUGGCGGCAAUUUUCCAACCUGGCAUGUUGUCGCACCCACAACAUGACAUGUCGCCACUCGAAUACCGUCUUAGUCAAGAUGUUCUGAUAUUCUUGAUUGAGAACCAGGACCAUUUCUUGAUUGGGAUGAGAGGCACGGCUGCAGAUGAGAAGACAGUGCAAGAAGUUCAGAGCGGUGGUACUCCUCCUUCAAACACCCCAAUCACUCCUGGCAAGCCAAGAUUCGGUCUUGGGAGAUCUGCUUCGAAUGCGAGUGUGAGUGGGGAUAGUACACGAAGGUUUAGUGGAUUACGAAGGAAUGUGUCCGUGUCUUCACGACAAUCCAGACAAUCAAAUGGUGCUCCAAGCCCAGCUACCCCAACCUACGCAGGCUCAUUGCCAAUGGGCACAAGUGGAGGUGUUCAUCGAAGUAACACUGUGCCUUCCAAGAAAUCCCCUGGAAUGCCUCAAGGCCGAAUGCACAAGUCCUCUGGGUCACCAUCACCAGUAGGGGCUCGUGUCUCCUCUCAAUCGCUUGCUCCUAGAGACCCAUCUCCUCUAGCACCCGCAUCAGAACGGGGGGUCUCGCCCUCACCCGGUGUUGCCCCUCCUACAGUUGGUAUAUCGAGCUUGGCCCCAUCAUCGCAUGCUGGAUCGACUGUGACUAGUCAAGAGAGAUUACUCGGAGACCAGCCUGAGAAGCAACCUGAAGUCGUUACGCCUUCCAAAGAACGAAACGUCGCAAGUUUCUUUCAAAGAUCACCAACUGUGGAUAGCGACAAGCGACCCCCAAAUAAGUUGAGGAAGAAGCGUAUGCUCAGCUCGAAUCCAAGUGCUCAAAGCUCGACCAACUCUCUCCAUGCCCCACGGUCGAACUCCAUUUCCCCCGGGCCUCGUCCAACUCGCGAUAGACAGGAUGUGAUGGAGCAUCCACCAUUGGAUACCAUCCGUUCUGCUAGUCCUGUGCCUUCAAUCACUGAUGCUCCACCAGUCGCGACAGACACCCCUCGUGCCGAGCCGUCUCAGCCUUUGCCAACAAAACCUGAAGAUCCUCAUCAAUCAUUAGAUCAUACAUUGAAAAAGGGGAAAGCUUCGCCGGUGUCGUCUCUACGCUCGCGCUCAUCCUUCGAGCAAUCGGAUCUUGACCACAUCGAUGACUCUACAGCUGCUGUGGAACAGAGAGAGAAGCGGUCGAGGUGGAGAUUAUCUCGGCGAAGAGAAGAUUUCCAUGGGCAUACUCUCAGCCCGCACAAGGCCCUGGGAUCGGAUAAUGGUGCAGGAACUAGUACAAGUUCUGUUGGUAGCUCAGCGCGCCAAAGAAAGAGUUUCACCAUCGACUCUAGACCUACCGAUCCAGAAUCUACUCUUGGACAAUCAAGCAACGAGGGUGGUGGUCCAGCUGGCGAGGAGAAGAGAGGCCCACUGGGCUGGAUUAAAAGCAAGAUGCGAGAGAAGCGUGAGGAGAAGGAAGCCGAGAAAGAACGAACCAAGAGUCCCCCAGCUUCAACUGAUCAUCUUGCGAGCAGAGGAAAGAGCAUGGAUCUCAGGAGGGAAGAGAAUCCAGAACGGUUGAACCCAGAGCGACCCACCGAGGCACAACCUCUGGGACAGACCGAACCGUCUAAACAAUGACAUUCGAUGAAAGGCACAUGAUUUUUCUGACAGUUUUGACGUGUUCCAAACGCCAAACUAAUCUGCUUUUCUGCCUUCUCAUUUGGAAGUUCCGGAGUUGAGAAGCAGGACGCUCUGGUUGAUACCUUUUUCCCUGCCUUUUGUUUUUCAUAACUUGAUUACUAGGAUCGGAUACCCCGGACACUGUUUCCCCCUUUCUUUUUGCCUUUUCUGUCAAUUUUAUUGGAGUGCGACGGAAGUGAACAGGG